AUGUGUCAAACACUUAAAUAGGGAACACAAGGGGACAUGUAAUUUGGGGACUGCAGAUCCGCUCCCGAUAGAGAUAAAGGCUUCGGCUACUCCAACAAUAAUAAAGACGGUUGGACAGCUCAACGUUUAUACAACGGAGUGUGAAGUACACGUCGGGGUCGGACAAAGACUUCCCUGUGUUGGUUGUGCCGUACGGCGUCGUCGCGGUCGCGGUCGCCUCCAGUUCCAGCUCAAACCCCUUUUCAUUCAUCAAUUUUUAAACAAUUAAACUGUCUCCCUCAUCUCCCUUCUCAUCUAUAUCCUUAUACGACCCCGUUUCGUCACCACCAAAUCCCAUUCUCCGCGACCCACGAUCGCAAUCCCUAAAUUAGUUCAAUGGCAUCUUCUUCGGACUCAUGGAUGAAGGAAUAUAAUGAAGCAACAAAACUUGCAGAUGAUAUCAAUGGUAUGAUAUCUGAACGGAGUACGUUGCCUGCAUCAGGUCCAGACGCUCAGCGUUAUGUGUCUGCCAUACGGAGGAAGAUUACAAUAUUAGGGACUAGACUUGAUAGCUUACAGUCCCUUUUAUCAAAACUCCCUGGAAAGCAGCCCAUAUCAGAGAAAGAGCUGAAUCGUCGGAAGGAUAUGAUCGGAACUUUAAGAUCGAAAGUUCAACAGAUGUCAACAACGCUGACGUCGCACUCUGCGAACCGAGACAGCUUGCUUGGGCCAGAAAUAAAUAAAGCUGAUGCCAUGGGAAGAACAGUUGGUCUGGACAACUAUGGCCUUGUUGGUCUGCAGCGACAAGUUAUGAAAGAGCAAGAUGAGGGGCUUGAGAAAUUGGAGGAGACUGUAGUAAGCACAAAACAUAUUGCAUUGGCAGUCAAUGAGGAACUUGACCUACACGCUAGACUUAUCGAUGAUUUGGAUGAACAUGUGGAAGUUACAGACUCCCGGCUACGGCGGGUGCAGAAGAACUUGGCAGUUUUGAACAAGCGCACAAAGGGUGGUUGCUCGUGCAUGUGCAUGCUUCUAUGUGUUGUCGGGAUUGUGGUUCUGCUUGCCGUUAUAUUUUUGCUGAUCAAAUACUUGUAAUCUACUACCAACUAUAAGUCUAUACAGAACACAAAGACCUCCUGUUUGUGUGUCUUGUUGUGGAGUGCUGUCUUGGUUGUGAUGUUGCAUGCGGCUUUCUUUGGUGUUUAGUUUUGUGAAUUUGUGUGUUGUUAAAAUAAUUGUAAAUUGCAUGGCUCAUUGGCGCCUUUAAGUACGAUAUUUUGUUGAUAAUGUUUUCUGUUUUUAA